CAUCAAUGCUUUUUCUACCUCUACCUCCUCGGCGAUUUGUACAGGAGACAUCAACAUCCGCAGUAGAGACUGUGAGCCACACCACGGAUAGAGUUCCUGUAGAGUCUGGUGUACUCGAGAGCGAUGGGUCUUCCCGCCUUCGCUUGCCAAUAUUCGCCUCUGUUUCUAUAAGCUCGCCAUCCAUGAAGAUGGGUUCGUCAUCAGCGAGUCCAUCCGAUCCUACUCCGAAGGACGAGGACGAUUGGCUACGAAGGGCUUCUUUCAAUGCCGUCAGAAAUCAGCGCAUGUGCUCGUCGCUGUCAGCUGACACUACGGUCAGGCAUUCUGCCAUUGAUAACUCCGACAAGGAUGACGGAGACGGUUUCUCUCGGAGUGUGUCCUUCGAGAACGAGAAAGACAUUUCUUUCUAUCACCUCAGCUCGCCUGUCGGCGAGGUGCUUAAGACGAAGAUUUUGACUAAGACGUUCGAUGGUUGCUCUGACUUGGAUAGUACGAGGUUUGGCUCCGUGAGAGAGUUUGAAUCCAUCGAAGAAUUGCUCAUCUUCGCCCAACGCAUGAGCCAUCCUCCUGCAAGAACUCCAGGCAACCGCAAGAGAGUUGGCGCAGUUGACUCCGUUGCUAGUGGUAGCGUUGGAUCAUUCGAAACUUCUCCGAGUACGCAUGAGCCAUGCCGACCAGCUGUCAAACUCCGCCCCGCUCGUUUUGGUUUCGAAGAGGCAGUUGACAUGGAGGACUACUAGUAGGAUGGACAUGCCUGUGUGGAAGUACCGUCAGCUAUCGAGAGUUGUAACUUUCUCCUUUUCUGCUUGACCUUGUCAUUGUAAAGGCUCGGAAACCUUAUUUGUACUCGGCAUCGGUACAACCGUUACUUUUUUCCGUCCCGUGCCCUUAUCUAAUCUUCUUCGCGUCACACACUUGCGCAUCGCAUCUUAGUCUCCGAUUAGUUAUAGUGAGUAGAUUUUGAUGCUGUGCGCGGGUUAGACUUAGAGCUCUGAACUUUGACCGCUGAAUCUAGCCUAGUAUUUCAUGGAGUGGUGGGCCACUUGGCAUCAUGGGUUGCUACUUGUAGUAGGGUACUCUAAACUGUAUUAUAAUCUCAUUUCCCACCAUCUGCUGCUAGCGUACAACUCAUACUUGCGGCUCGCAUUUGCGGUUGUAUCAUGUGCUCGAAGGAGCCUGUUGAUAGCUUUGAUAUCUCAGUAGCUUCGAGUACCAACCAUUCGUUCCGUAAAUAUAACUGUUUUGUGAGGAUACAACCUCAAAACAUACUGGUCCCAUGGUCCGCGUGGUUUCUUGAUGUCACAUGUACAUAGUUUCCUGUCAUUAGAUAGUGUGACCACAUAUUGCUAUCCUUCGGCCUAGGUCAUCUUUCGAUUCUCUU